UAUUUGUCUCAUAAUUCUCUGAUCCUCAGAACCUUUUCUGACAUUUUUAAAGAUUUUUUUGAAGAUGUAAUUCUGCUAAUUCUUUUUUUAAAUAAUUGCGUAGAUUGCACCCAGAAAAAUGCAAUAACAAAACAAUUUGAAAGGGCUUUAUUUAAUUAAACUGAAUUAUUUUUAUGGAUGUGAGAUCUUCUAGUUCACCGCUAAGAAAAUAAAUGAUUAUCGGAAGCGUCAAGUAAAACAUUCGGAAAUAAAAUUAUCAGCUCUGAUAAGUUUUCCCCUUUUACUAUCUCUCUAUGGAGUGCAAUGAUGAAGAUUAGAUUAUCGUCAUUCUUCGCGAGGAUUGUCACUGUGAAUAAUUGCAGUUUCGUUGACGAAAAUGAUUUGGUUGCUAUUGAUGGGAUUGGUGUGUGCAGUCCAUAGUGACACGGAGAUCAGAUGUACACCAGAAUUCUGUGCGGAUUACAAGAAGACAAAGGGGUGUCCCGAGUUGAGCGAAGCAUGCAAGGCAAUGAAUGCCACUCAUUCUGGGACACAUCUUCCGUACCCCGAUGUUUGCAAUUGCUGUGAAUAUUGCCUCACGAAUAUUGUGGAGGGAGGAUCCUGUACGACGGGCGCCCCGGGGAUGUUUCCACCCACAGACAUAUGCGGUCCCGGUUUAGCCUGCCUUCGGCAUGACAACGGGACGUCGACAUGUCAGAAAAUGAUUUUAGUGGCGACUACAAAAUGCAGUAAGGGCCAGAAAGAAUGGGAUCGGCGGAGGGCGGCCGGUUCAGCAGGUUUUCUAGAAGUGCGGCCCAAGUGCGAUGACGAUGGACUAUACGCUCCUUUCCAUUGCAUUCCAGGAUCAAUAUGCUACUGCGUCUCUCCGGAAGGCGAAAGAAUUUUCGGCGAAUUGGCGUUUCUGAAUUCCGGGGAUGAACUCAAAAUGACUUGUGGAUGCUCUAUAAACGACUGGAGAGCACGAAAGACGAUAGACAUCUCUCGCUGGGAGAAUCUAAAAAAACCGGUAUUCACAGCUCGAUGCACCGAACACGGUCUCUUUGAUCAAUUGCAGUGUUUGUUAGGAGACAAUGCGGAUUGUGCAUGCGUUGAUCCCAUGGAGGGCCAUCCGAACACCUUAGUGAAGACCGUGAAGGUGAAAGAGAUCAAAGAAGGACAGCCUCUUUGUUUUGAUCCGAAGAGACACACGCCUGGGACGUUCACAACAGAUUGCGAAUACAUGAGAUAUUCAUCGUCACAGUCAUCACUGAGCAGGAAACCUCUCUUUAAUAAUCCGGUUUGUCAGCCCGAUGGAAUGUUCCAUCGGGUGCAGAUCUCAGGAUCAAAGAAGAUUUGUGCGGAUCCUUCGGGAAAUCAAAUCACGUUUGAUAAGGUUGGUUUCGCAGCCGACGUGGAUUCACCGGAAGCUGUUGUCAUGGAUUGUAAUUGUGCUAGAACCGUUUGGCUUCUCUCUCAAAAUGGAAUUGAAGAAUUACCGAAAUGCUGUAGCUUCGGUAAUUUCGAGCACUGGCAACAUCGACGAAAGCAAUAUUACUGUGUCGACGGGAAUGGCGAUCACAUUGGACUGGAGAAAGACGCAGCAGAAGACUUGGAUUGUUAUAAACAAUACAACGGGCAGCCCUGCUCCAUACAAAAUUCAAACUCAUAGUAAAUACUCGGGGGUCCGAGCAAACUCAAUGUCUUUAUUAAGAUUCAGAUACAAAAGUAUGGAAACAACUCUUCUAUUUCUUUUCGGUUAUUCCUACAGAGGAAUUCACUAGAAAUCGCUACGAAAAUUGUUACGCUAGAAAAUCUCAAGAACUGGUUUGUUAAUAGCUAUGACAAUAAAUAUUUUCGUAGAUCUUA